ACGCCUUCGUGAGACCGGUCACGGCCGCCGGGAGGCGUCUCCGGGAAGACGCCGUGUCCCGUAUUUAUUACACCGGACCUCUAUAUAAGAGCCACCACCGCUCUACGCUCUGCAGGUCUGAAGACAAAUCGAACAGAAUGAACAAGUUCUUGGUGAUGUUCGCCAUGGUGCUGGUGGUGGCGCUGUGUGUGUCACCACUGUGGGCCAGUGCUGAGGCAGACCACCAUAGUGGCGGCCACCAAGGGGGCUACCACCAAGGGGGCUCCCACCAAGGGGGCUACCACCAGGGACAGCACCACGGUGGGGGAAGCAGCCACCACGACUCGCACCACGGCGGCGGCGGCCAUGACUCGCACCACGGCCACCACGGCUGAAGCGCCGAGGCCGGCGGGUCCCCAGCUGGCUUCCACCGCUCCAGUUCCACACAUAACAAAUAAAAUCCACAUGUAGCUGCUAGUAAAAUAUUUUAUGGAAAAAAUCUAAAUUAUAGAGUGUCUUAAGACGUGACUGUCAUCUGUAUGAAAUGCUCAAUAAAAUAUAGUUUCUCGUGUGGUGA